ACAGGUAUGUCUUAGUAAGGUAAACAGGCGUGUUUUAAAGAUAUUGAGAGCAGGCUAAGGAAAAAUAGGUGUGUCAGAUGUAAACUUUGGUUGUGAGGGCACAAGAAAUCCCAAUGAGACAGCAAUUCUUGCACUGUGUCAUCAAAAAUUUUUACGAAGAAAAAAACAUUAGAAAGGCAACGAAAGGAUGAUUUUUCGGAAAAUUUUGUGUGUUGCUGGGAUAUUACUUCUUAACAUAUCAGGUAAUCUCUGUCAGUUAGAUGUGUGUGGCCAAGCUCCUUUGAACAACAAGAUUGUUGGAGGGGUGGAAGCGACCACAGGGUCUUGGCCUUGGCAGGCCAGUAUUCGGGUUGCCAGCAGUGACCGUCAUUUCUGUGGUGGUAGUCUCAUUAAUAAAGACUGGGUCUUAUCUGCAGCUCACUGCUUCCAGGGCGUCAGCUCCAGUGCAAGUUAUAUGUCCGUCACUUUGGGAUGUCAGACCUUAUCAGGCUCAAACCCAAAUGCAGUAACUAAAACAGUAAGUCAAGUCAUCACCCAUUCCGGCUACAACGCAAAUACCGAAAGCAACGACAUAGCUUUGCUAAAGCUCUCGUCUUCUGUAACUUUCACCAAUUACAUACGGCCUGUCUGUCUGGCUGGUAGUGGUAGCACAAUUGAUGCAGGUGCUAUGACCUGGAUCACAGGAUGGGGAACACUCCAUGCAGGAGAUUCUUCGCUUCCAAACAAACUGCAGGAGGUACAGAUACCGAUUGUGAGCAACACUGCUUGUAAUAAGGCAUAUAGUGGUUAUAUUACAAACAACAUGCUGUGUGCUGGUGUUACCUCUGGGGGCAAAGAUUCAUGCCAGGGAGACUCUGGAGGUCCAAUGGUCUAUAAGAACGACUCCCUAUGGAUUCAGUCUGGAAUUGUGAGUUUCGGGAGAAGUUGCGCUCAAGCCGACUAUCCUGGUGUGUACACCAGAGUGUCUCAAUACCAGGGUUGGAUCAACAAUUACAUAAGCAGCAGUCAGCCUGGAUUUGUCCAAUUUGCUGCAAGCGGUGGUUCAUCUAACCUUCACCACUAUCUUCCUCACACAUUCUUCAUCUUACUUUAUCUCUUUUUGUAAAAUUGUACAAGAAGAGAACACAGAUCAGGGAGGAGAGUUUGUGCACUCCUAUAAAUAAGUGAAGGUUUUAAUCUUGUUGUUUAUUUAUCUCUGUUUAAAUACUAACACUGAGGCACUUUAAAACAUAAUAUAAGCAAAUGUGAGUUUAUUUAAGUUUAAUAUUAACACAACAAUUCAUCUAUAUAGUUUUUUUUAAUCACAAACACAAUCUCUUUAUUAAUGUUUUAUUUCUGUGAUUUAACUUAUGGUGGUUAUUUUGACUGACUGUGAAUUUCAUUUAAACCAUUAAGAGCUCUAUAGCCAACACAACACAAACAGUCAUGUAUUAACAUUUACUAUUAUUUCUUAAUAACUUUGAUCCAAAGAGAUUUAUAAAUGAGAAAGCAUUUAAACAUCAAUAAGCAACCAAAUUGCACACUGAAAUAAACAAAUGUAUAAAGCUGUGCUUAAUUGUUACUGAUUACAUUCUGUGAUGUUUUUUUCUGUAUUACUACUUAAGCACAAUGAUCAUUUCUGUUUUAGGACUGUGUCGAGCCCAUACAUAAAGUGUCAAGCCCCUACAUAGAACACUAACUGGGGUCUUAUCUGGUCACACGUAUAGUGUUCAUCGUCGUGGACACAAAUCUAUUAAAAAUAGGGGUUGGCACAAAAUCUUUUU